CGAGACAGUAACGCGACGCCCCACCUCUGUUAAAACGUUCAAGAAUUGUGAUCUUUUCAACGAUCAGAAUAUUUUCCAGGUAAAAAGAAAUGAAUGCUUCUUCUCCUCCUCCUUCGAGCUCCGUCGCGCUACCGUGGCCGGAGGCGGAGGCGAAGCUGGAUACAAUUCUUGGGACGAACCACUCCCAUCGUUCUCCAAAACGACAAUGGCCCCUGUCCUCUCCUUGCUAUAUGUAAUGUUCUAUCACUAAAGAACAGAUUGAAUUUGAGCCCAGAUAUUCCAGAGGUUUCACAGGAGAAAUUGCUUUCACUUGUUGCUGAGCAUUUGAUUGAUUCAAACAGUAACAUCGACAACAAAGAUGCUGGCUAUAUUGAAAAUCAGCAACAGAAUAUUGCAGAUGCAAUUGAUUUGCUUCCUAGACUUACAACUGGCAUUGACGUAAAUAUAAAGUUUCAAAGAAUUGAUGAUUUUGAGUUCACUCCAGAAUGCACAAUAUUUGAUUUACUGGAUAUCCCACUCUAUCAUGGAUGGAUUAUUGAUCCCCAGGACUCCGAAACUGCAGAUGCUAUUGGUUCAAAAUCAUAUAACACUCUCAUGGGGGAGCUUGUCUCAUUAGAAGCACAAACAAGGGAGAGUGAACAGAAAGAGAAUCCAGAAGAUGAUACUGUGGAUUUUGUCGCUGCAACAACUGCAGCUCUUGGAGUACCGUCUCCUUGUCUUUCAAGAAGUCAAUCCUUCAAUGAUUCUCCUCAGAGAGCAAGAAAAGGGGACAUUGAAGAAGAAGCAGAGUUCUUGAGAGUCUUGAAGUUAUCAGAGGAAAGAAGGUCAGCAGAUGGUCUAGCUGCUGGCAUAAAUCUAGUUGGAAGUGUAGAUAUCAAAAAUUCCCAACUGGUAAUACAUUCAGAAACAGUAGAAAUGAAUGUUGCUAAUGAAAUUAUGAAGACUGGGACAUUAAUUUGUGAUGAUAUCAGUGGUUUGAGCAAUAACAAUGUUGAUCAAAAAUCCCCUACAGUUUUUGCACAGGAAGCUUUUUGUUCAUUCUCAAAGACUGAUCAAGAGAAAAACUGUGUCCAACCUACCAGGCAAAAAUCUGCAGAAUAUUAUGAAGGUGCAGUCAGAAAUACUGGAAUUGAUGCAAUGACUAAGAACGAAAAUGGUCAACACAUGUCAUGUGGAGAAGAUCCUCCAUUUGUUUCUAAUAUGACAUGUGGAGAAGAUCCUCCAUCUGUUUCUAAUAUGUCAGGUGGAGAAGAUCCUUCAUGUGCUUCUAAUAGCUUUCACGAUAAGUCUAGGAGUGACGAACAUGUUCAAAAUGAAUUCACUUUCACAUGUGACCUGGAUGAAAUGAGAAAUUGCGCAAGUUCUUCUAAUGCUAGAGAUUCUUCUUUCUCAUUGACCACUACUGCAGAUUUAGAUUCAUCAAGUCAUCCAGUUCAUAAAAUUGGCAUGUCUGAAGCCUUCACUUCAAGUAUUGAUGACAGUGAGCCCAUUUAUGAAGGGGAAGAAUGCGUAAUGGAAUCAGGAAAUGUGGUUAUUGGAAAUCGAGAGCCUGUUUAUGAGGGUGAGGUGGUUCUUGCAGAACAAGUGGAUAAAGGUUGCAAGGAUGAUGGCUUUAAGGACAGGUUAUCCGUCAAGCAAGGGGAACUGAUCAGGAACUUUGUAAACAACAGUGCUAGUCAGUUAACUGUAUAUGGCCUAUUUUGCUUACAAGAUAAAGUUAAGGAACAGGAGCUGUGCGUAUUCUUCAGGAAUAAUCAUUUCAACACCAUGUUUAAGUAUGAAGGUGCGUUAUACAUUUUAGUCACCGACCAAGGCUACAUAAAUCAGCCAGAUUUGGUAUGGGAAAAGCUGAAUGAGGUUAAUGGCAAUACAUUAUACAUGAUGGGGAACUUUAAGGAAUUCAACAUCGACACUUCCAACGGCACAUGGGGUGAACAAAGUGCCACUAAUACUGCAGACUAUCUAGCUAGCAUUGAAAAUGUGGCUCAAUCACAUUCAAGUUUCAAAGAAACCUCGGGGCCUUUUGAUAUCAAUGAUUUUGAUGCUUUUUAUGGCGGUUCUGACUUGCAAUUGGCAAUAGCUCUUCAACAACAGGAAUUUGAGCAACAUCAACGGCAACAGCAACAGCAGCAUAAUUUGCAGCAACCAGCUGGUAGCUAUGGUUCAAAGCUCCCUGGUCUCCAGGUUUCACAGAAUAGUGAAGACGACCUGGACUCUCCCUCCUCAAAGCAGGAGUCGAAAUUAAAGGAGAAGUGCAUUAUCAUGUGAUUACUCAAUGCAGGUUUUGUACAAAGGAAGUAGUAUCAAUAUUAGGAUUAUUUUUGGUCCCUUUGCAAUUUGUGCCAAUGACAGUGCAAUGUCUACAACACCAACUACUGUUACUUUUUUCUAGUGAAUUAAAUUGACUCUUGCUCCA